GCCGUGACGUCACUUCCGGCGGGGAGCCGCCCGGGCGACGUCACUUCCGGGAGCCGCGGCCGUCGGGCCCCGAGGCGCCGCCGGCCCGAGUGCGAGGAGACGCCGAGGAGCCCGCGGCCAUGGCGUCCGAGCUGGGCUUCUCGCCGCCCGAGGUGCCCGAGCCCACCUUCCUGGAGCACGUCCUGCGCUACGGGCUCUUCCUGGGAGCCGUGUUCCAGCUCGUCUGCAUCCUGGCCAUCGUCUUCCCCGCCGCCAAACCCCACCAGCCGGAGCCGGAGCCCCCGGAGGCGAGAGGUCCGGAGUCGGCCAGGAAGCCGAAGACGUCCGGCCCUCCCCUCGGCAAGAAGCUGAAGAAGGAGACGAAGAAGAAGCGAUAGGCCGGAGCGGAGGGGGAGCGGGAAGGGGCCCGGACCCCCGACCGCGGUCGAACCCGGGCCCGGCGGGGAGCCCACGGCCCCCUCCCCGCCCCGGGGGGAUCCGUCCGGCUCAGACCCGCUCUCCGCGGCGGCGUCCCGCCCGUCGGCCCGUCGUUCCGGGGGUCCACGGCCCCGGGGGCGGGCUGGGGGGGGGGGGGGCGUCCCGCACACUCACCCCCAUCCCUUCACGCCGCGUACCCGCACCGGUUUAGGGAUCGUGGGCUCCCGCCGUCGGGUUCGGAGGACGCCUACCCCGCGUGACCGCUCCGCUCGACUGCGCCCGCCGCGUAAUCGGCCCGUUGGGUCGAGAGACCGUACACGCUGCGGACUCACGGUCGCGUAUCCCCCGCCCCCCCCGUCGUCCCCCUCGUCAGCCGAGAGGUCGGGCGAACUGCACGGUUACCUAAUCUGGGUCGUCAUUCGCGCCGUGCCGUUUAGAGGUGGCGGCCGCCGCGCCCCUCCGCUUUCGAGAUCGCGUAGGCCACGUGACUCCCCCGUGCAGCUUGGAGUCGGUUCGGGGUGCGGAACCGCGCUGUCCCGCUUGGAGAGGGCGGAGAGCGCAGAAUCGCGCCAUUCGACCGAGAGGUCGCGUCGCCCGCGUUUCGCGCUGUCCCGUGUAAAAACUGGGUUCCCCGGGGAUUUUUUGGUGGAAUUGGAGGGCUUCCCACCUGCCGGACGCCCUGCGAGGAGCUGGGGGGGGGAGAGAGGCUGACCAGGUUGGACCCCUCCCCCCCUCUGACGGAUGAAGAAGCCGAGGCCCAGAGGAGUGGAGCGAUUUCCUCGAGGUCGCCCAGCCGAAGGGUGAGGGCCCGGGCUCCGUCCGGCUUCUGGAAGAGGAAGGAAAUGACUUACCCGAGGUCACCCAGCAGACGAGGGGCGGAGCCGGGAUGAGAACCGGGGUCCUUCCGGGUGCGGGCUCCACCCCCCGGGCCGCGCCGCCCUGACCCGACCGCGCCGUCCGACCCGGACGAGCUACGACCCAUGGGUUCCCCUCCCCGCGCCUGUCCGGGGUGCGAGCCCCCGCCGAGAUCGCAAAGAGGCGUCUUAUUGGGUCGUGGGGCUUCUUUUUCUUGAAAUAACUACUUCCCUGGCUCGUG